AUAAAUCAGCUACUUUGUUGAUUAAUAGUUAAACCUAGAUGACAAUGGUUAAAGAAAAUCCAAUGUAUAACUGAACUGAAUGAACAGUACUUGAGCAAUAGAAAUCACCUGAAAUUGAGUUGGUUUAACACACCAGCUUGUGGUUCUACUUUGUAAUUUUUUUUUUCAGAAAAAAGGACAAUAUCAAAUGAAUGAACAACUUGAAAUCAUUGUGUAUCUCUGCACUUAAAAACAAAACUAUAAUAAAUCAUCAAGCUGCUAUUACUAUACUCAUAAAAACCCUAUUGGUCAAUGAUGAUACAUUGUUACAUCAUCAUGCAACAUAUUUGAAGUUAUGAAACCACAAAGACAACCACAGAAAUAGACAUUAUGAAUUAUUUUUAAAAAAUUUGGGGAAAUGAUGUCAACAUCAGAGCUGAAUCAUAACGACAUUAUCUUGCCAUUAUAAAGUCACAUCCUCAUUCCUAAAAUCAAGAAACAGAACAAGUAGUCCAUACCCCACUUUUGUCUUCUUCCAUGGAGUCUUCUUCUCUUCUUCUCCGUUAUCAAUGGUCUGAUCUUCCUUUAGACCUUCUUGAAUUGAUCUCCGACCGCCUUAACGACGGUUCAUCAGACACCGUUGAUCUCCUCCGUCUCCGCUCUGUAUGUGCCACGUGGCGUCGCUCUCUUCCUCUCUCAAACAAAAACACUAAUCCUUUGUCUAAAUUUCCACCUCUCCUCCCUUUCUGGUCAUCUUCAUCCUCUGGCUUCUUCAUUCUGAAACAGAGCAGUGUUUACAAACUCGAAGCUUCACAAAGCUGGUUGGUCAAGCUUCAGGAGACAUCUCCAGGGAAAAUGCGAGUCUUGGAUCUCUUCUCAAACGACAGAAUCUGUUUCAAACCAGAGAACUUCCCGGAAAAAAUCGACCUGCGGGAAUCUCAUGUGAGAUUGGUCCGUAGAUCUUACCGAGUGGAGUACGCAAACAAAGGUGGUGGCGAGAUGUCUUCUUUCUGGUCACUGAGCUCCGACAAAGUGGUGGUUCUAUCUUCAAGGGGACACUCUGCUGUAAUAGCCAUCCACAGUGGUGGAAAGCUAGGGUUCUUGAAAAGCGGAGACGAUGAGAGAUGGAGGAUCUUGGAUAACUCGUGGAACGUGACUUACGAGGACAUAAUGUCCUACGGAGAGAACUGCAUCGUCGUGGACGAUAAGGGUAGAACCGUAAUUUACGAUGUGGAGUUCAAGGUGUCCGAUUUGGCUGAAGGUUUACCCGGAGGAGGGGGUCACAAGAAGCAUCUGGUGGAAUGUCACGGCGGAGGAGUGUUUCUUGUGGACAAAUACGUGAAACACGUGUGGUGCAAGUCGGAGUUUUCGAAGUCUGCGGUGGAGUUUAGAGUGUAUAAGCUGAAGAGAGAAGAGAAGAGAUGGGAGGAGGUGAGGGAACUGAGAGAUGUGGCUCUGUUCAUUGGUGAAGAUUGUUCUUUCUCCGUUGAGAUUAUGGACGGUGAUUUGGCGGGAGGAGGCUGUAUAUUUUAUAGAGAUUAUAGGAAUGGAGGAAGAAGCAGAGGGGUUUACAGUGAUGGUGAUGGCGUUUUCAAUAUGGAGUUAACCAACGCGGGAAAGUUUUGGGUUUCAUACUAAGCCCAAAUGUCAAGGCCCAUAAUGUGUGUAGGCUUAUUCGAAUAUAAUAGUUGUGGUUGUGGAAGCGGUCAAUAAACUUAGAUUUUCUCCUUGUA